AUGAAUGGUCAGGAAGACUUCGUGAACAAGGGUGAAAUUGACUACAAUCACUACGACAACAUGAUUUGGGAUGGGCUAGUGGAUGGCCCACGUCCCCUGCCCAGUCUCGAGGUCCAAGAAGUGGUGGCCGUAGUUAUCUACAUAGUCGUCUUUGUGGUGGGUGUACCAGGCAAUAUGCUGGUACUGUGGGUUACUGGCUCAGAGGCCAAGCGCACCAUUAAUGCCAUCUGGUUCCUCAACCUGGCCUUGAUCGACCUCCUCUCCUGCCUGGCGCUGCCCAUUCUCAUCACGAACAUCCUCAUGCAGAAGAACUGGCCUUUUGGUGACACGGCCUGUCGCAUCCUGCCCUCGCUCAUCCUCUUCAACCUCUACGCCAGCAUCCUGCUCCUCACCACCAUCAGCGCCGACCGCUUCCUCAUUGUCUUCCAACCCAUUUGGUGCCAGAACUACCGCGUGGCCCGGCUGGCCUGGCUGGCUAGUGGCGUGGCCUGGAUCCUGGCUCUGGUGCUCACCAUCCCGUCCUUCAAGUUCCGACGAGUGCAUAAGGACAUCUCUUCCCCAAUGCCCACAUGUGUUGUGGACUAUGGGGAAAAUAGAACGCAGGCCCAUAAUGCUGUCGCGGUCACACGCCUGGUCCUGAGUUUUGUGGGGCCCCUGGUCACGCUGAGCGUCUGCUACACUUUGCUCCUGCUUCGGACCUGGCGCCGGCGAGCUACACGCUCCACCAAGACUCUCAAGGUGGUGGUGGCCGUGGUGGCCAGCUUCUUCAUCUUUUGGCUGCCCUACCAGAUUUCUGGCAUGGUUUUGGUCUUGUCCACCAGAGGGUCCUCUGCCUACAAGCGCGCCAAGCCCCUGGACGUGCUGUGGGUGGCCCUGGCUUACAUCAACUGCUGUAUCAACCCCAUUAUCUAUGUGGCCGCUGCCCGGGGCUUCCACACCAGGGUCCUCAAGUCCCUGCCUGCCCGGCUGCAUCAACUGCUGACUGAAGACAUGGAUGCGGAGAGCAAAUCCCACUCAAUGUCCACGGUAGAUUCCAUGGUCCAUAAGAGCCAGACUCAUGUGUGAGGGACACCAAGGCCCUCUGCCCUGUGCCCUGUUCCAUACUCUGUCCAGGACACUCUAAUCUGUGAUUUCUGCUGCCAUUGGCCACUUCUGCUCCUGUUCUUCCUUUUCUUUCGUCUCCUUUUACCCCUUCUCCUCCCCCUCCUUUUUCCCCUUCCUUCUCCUUUUCCUCCUCCUCUUCGACCACCUCCUUCUCUUCAUCUU